GCAUAGCUUCGGGCGGGUGUGGCGACGGGUCACGGAGCGCGUGUCUGGGGCAAAGGGAGAGAGCGCGAAAUGUGCGAGAUUUCCUCUGCCGGGCCUGAGGCUAUAACCGGCCGCCGAGUGGGCGGAGGUGGUGAUGCUGCUGCUAUUGUUGCAGCUGCCUCCCUCCUGAGCGACGAUGAUGCCCGGGACGGAACCAGGAUUCUUGAUGCGGAAAAGAUUCGGGAUCCUGUUUACUCCUGUAAAAACCAGAUCCUCCCCAUUCCCAAAGUUCACCCAUCAUUUCACCUCCCGUAGGGCAGGCCGUAGUUGUGCCCACGAGAUCGGUUGGGAGCCCCUGCACAGCCGCGCACGCAAAGGGACUUGCGAGGGGCUGCAGAAGCCAAACUGCAGUGUAUUGGGAUAGGGGGCAGGCAGAUCUGCAUUUAACGCCCCCCUCCCGCGCGCACACACAACAGGAAUGUGCAUUGUCGGUCUUAAUGUAGGUGCGAGCAGCCCUAGUCUCCUAAAUUGUAGUUUGUUUUGUAAACACGGGGGAGGGUUUGGUACUGGAGCAUCUGCUUUACUUGCGAAAUGCUGCAGGUUCAAUCUCCUCUUAGGGACUGGGAAGGGCUCCUUGAAACCUUGGAGAGCUGCUUGCAAUGUAAGCAAGCUUGCAAUGAACUAGAUGGCACAGUAAUCCGAGUAGUUGUAAAAUGGCUUCUUCGGUUCUUAGGUGACAUAGAACUGCUACUAAUGAAAACUUGGUCAAGUAUUCUAAUUUUAAACUGAUAGAUUAAAAAUUAUUUUGAGAUACAAACAUAUCUUCUUUAUUUUUAGCUUUGUGUAAUAGCAAGCCUCAUCUUAGGGUUUGUGAGAGAGGAAGGGGAUUGUUUGCCAUCUGCAGUUUUUAGAAAUGCUUACAUUAAUUAAAAAAAACCCUUUAACUUGACAAAUUACUUGUUGCAUCUCUAAUUGUCAUUUCUCCAGCUGCAUAGCCUAAGGAGAGAAAUUAAACUUAAUCCACAGAGCAUUUGCUUCAGGGCCAGAUCUUUUGCCUUGUGAUGCAUUAUAGAUCUUCCUGGGAAAGGGAGACUCUUAAUUCUCUGUCAGGAUGCCUGUAUGAUGAAAGCAAAAAGCCAUCAUAGCAGACUGAACAGCUGAUAUGGUCGUUCUAGUUUUGCAGUUGCCCCCAUCUGUUCCAGAAUUAGCAGUGGACCAGCCCAGGUUCUUGGCACGAGGUGGGAUAUACUUCCCAUAAAAACUUUGCAUGUAUAGAUUGUAGGGCUCAGAAGUUCAUUAUUUGAGCAACACUGAUUUCCCCAGAAUGCAAUGUGCUGGAAGUGCCCUGUACAUGUAUAUAAACAUCUAAUGAAUUGGGAGUACAUGGGAAGACACUUACAGGGAAUUCACUUUGUUGAAAUAUUGGGAGCUGGUAACUAACUGCUCUUGACCUAGGAGGAUCCACCCCAUCUCUGUUUGAUAUGCACAUUUUCCCUAUCCAUGAUAAGCGCACAUAUUUUUCAGGAGGAUUAAGGUCUAUAUUGUUUGUUUCGCUCACAAAUAUUCUUAAUAUGUGUGUGUAGUUUUAAAGGUCAGAAGAGUGGAAGUCCGCUGCCUGUCUGUUGCUUACUUGUGCCUGUUGAGUCAGCAGAGCUGGAAAAAUCCUGGGCACCUUGAUCUGUAGAUGUAAAAGAUGUACGUUGCUCUAUAGAGAGCUAGUAUUUAUAAACUGGUGGUGUCUUCCAAUAAUUGAAGCUGUUGCUUAGCAGUUUCACAUAUUUCUCCAGCUUUGCUUGAAAAAGAUGGGUGUGCUUGUUGCUCUUGAGGUUUGGCUGACAGUAGAUGAAUCUUGCAUGAAGUGAGUGCAAUGUUGUGCAGCAGAAAGGAUGGAGAGUGGUGAGUUGGGACUGCAGUAGAAUUAGACAGUGCUGCUAAAAGAUGGCUGUGCUGCAAUUGUUGCUUCUUGAUGCUUGUCACUACAAACAAACUGCUUGUCUUUCUGUCUCUUUUUCUGUCCCCCUUCAAUGUUGGAGACCUCUUCCUCCUUCUUUAAUAAACUCUCUGCCUUGCUUUUCCUGGGCUACUGCUUUGUGGAUGUUGGCGGCUUGUUGUGACAGGAGAAUGUGUGUGUGUCCUGGGCCCAGGCGGAUUGCAAUUCCAGUCAGAAGCUCCAGGUUGCCAUUGUUCUCUGAUGCCAUGCCAGCACCAACUCAGCUAUUGCUUCCAUUAAUACGCAGCUGUGAGAUUGGCAGGAUAUACAAUACUGCAUGUUAUUGUCACCACAAACAUCUGUGUUGCUUAUCUCCUCAUUUGACUCACAAGCACUUGAGCUAUGUUCCACAGAAGAAGCUUGCAACGCUCUGUAGACCAAAGGAGAACUUCAGUCAGUUCACUCAAGCAAGGAGUUAUGUCUCCACGCCACAGAGAUUUUACCUCACACCUCCACAGGUCAAUAGCAUCCUGAAGGCAAAUGAAUACAGUUUCAAAGUGCCAGAAUUUGAUGGCAAAAAUGUAAGUUCUGUUCUUGGUUUUGAUAGCAAUCAGCUUCCUGCAAAUGCACCGAUAGAAGACCGAAGAAGUGCUGCCACUUGCUUACAAACAAGAGGGAUGCUUCUUGGUGUGUUUGACGGCCAUGCGGGAUGCGCCUGUGCACAAGCUGUCAGUGAAAGACUGUUUUAUUAUAUUGCAGUUUCUCUGUUACCCCAUGAGACAUUACUUGAAAUAGAAAAUGCUGUUGAGAGUGGUAGAGCCCUUUUGCCAAUCUUACAGUGGCACAAGCACCCCAAUGACUAUUUCAAUAAAGAAGCCUCCAAAUUAUAUUUUAACAGCUUACGAACAUACUGGCAGGAACUCAUAGACCUCAACACAGGGGAGACGACUGAUGUAAAAGAGGCUUUAAUUAAUGCCUUUAAGAGGCUUGACAAUGACAUUUCUUUGGAAGCUCAAGUGGGAGAUCCAAAUUCUUUCCUCAACUGUUUGGUGCUACGUGUAGCCUUUUCUGGUGCAACUGCCUGUGUGGCUCAUGUAGAUGGUGUUGAUUUGCAUGUCGCUAAUACUGGUGACAGCCGGGCCAUGCUUGGUGUUCAAGAAGAGGAUGGAUCUUGGUCUGCUGUCGCUUUGUCUUAUGACCAUAAUGCACAGAAUGAAAGUGAGAUUGAAAGGCUCAGAAUGGAACACCCAAAGUCUGAAGAAAAGAGUGUUGUGAAACAAGAUCGGCUGUUAGGCUUACUGAUGCCUUUCAGAGCUUUUGGCGAUGUCAAGUUUAAAUGGAGCAUUGAAUUGCAGAAGAGAGUGAUAGAGUCAGGCCCAGAUCAGCUGAAUGACAAUGAAUAUACGAAGUUCAUCCCACCAAACUAUCAUACUCCUCCAUACCUCACAGCUGAACCUGAGGUGAUACAUCACAAAUUAAGACCUCAGGACAAAUUCCUGAUACUAGCAACAGAUGGCUUGUGGGAAACCAUGCACAGGCAAGAUGUGGUUAGAAUUGUAGGUGAGUAUCUAACAGGUGUACACCAUCAAGAACCAAUAGCUGUUGGAGGUUACAAGGUAACUUUAGGACAGAUGCAUGGUCUUCUGAUGGAAAGGCGAGCCCGAGCUUCUUCUGCCUUUGAAGAUCAGAAUGCAGCAACUCACUUGAUACGCCACGCUGUGGGGAAUAAUGAGUUUGGUACCGUUGAUCAUGAACGGCUGUCCAAGAUGCUUAGUCUUCCAGAAGAGCUGGCACGGAUGUACAGGGAUGACAUUACAAUUAUAGUAGUGCAAUUCAAUUCCCAUGUUGUAGGUGCUUGUCAAAAUGAAGAGUUCUAAAUUUUAAACUGAAGUGGUGAACCUAAGUUUUCAUGGAACAAUGGCCAAUACUGAUUGUAUCACAGUUUGGUUUGGUCUGGUCAUUGGAAUUACACUUGGAACAAGUCUAAUUUGCAAAACAUAAGAGACAAUGGUCAAAGGAAAAAUGAACUAAUUUAAUCUACAGGUCAAGCAGAACAACCUUGCACUAAUCUAUUUGCUUGUAAUUUGGGAAGUAAACACUUCAUAUGCAUGAGUGCGAUGUCCUGCAGGGCAAAAGAAGAAGAAAUUGUGUGUUUUGUCACUUGUAAAUAUCUGUAUAGGUAGGUAACCAAAUAAGUAUAUGAAACAUUGGAUAGUAAUGGUUAUACAACUGAAUUUGAACAGGGCUGAUGACUUUUAUAUCUGAAAAGUAGCAGUGGCAUUUCCUUUCAGAAAAGGGAGGGAUUUUUUAACAAGUUAGACAAUGUCUUGAUAAAGUACAUAGCUAUUUCCCCUUAGGUGAUCAUACCUUCAUUAAAAUACAUACCUAGAGUACCACUGUAUUCUCAAAGCCAUAUAUAUCUCAAGCUUGCCCAGAAGUAUUAGAAAUGGAAUAAAAUUUUGCAACAAAUGACUUAUUUUAUUUUGCACAGUUCAAAGGACAAUAAAUGAUGGGAAGAUUAGUUUACUAGCAGAAGAAAUGCAAAAAACCUUUGGCUUGCAUUAUGAAGCUGUGAUUCUACCUUUUUUGAACUUGACCUUCUCUUCAAUCAGAUUGUCUUGCAAAAUCUUACCCUUUUUGCAAGGAACAAUCCUGCCUUGUACCAAACCUCUUUCUAGUCAUAAGUCUGGUCUUGUGUUGAACCCAGAUUAAUAGUGACUUUGUAACAGUGCAGUCACAUCUGUUGUAUUUUCAAUUAAAAUUCAGUCUUGUUCUCUGGAUGUGUUACGUAUGAAAAAGCAAAAAUAUAUCCAUUUAGCUUGGUUGCCAUGAUGACUGUUGAAGAAAAUGUAUUAAGAUUUUUAAAUAGGUAAAGUAAUGAAGAAAAGUCUGCAUGCUGUAUGCGUAAUCCUUUUAAUGGUGCUACAGCAUCAACUAAUACCUCCUUCAGAAUUUCACUACUGCUGUGGUUGCCUACAUUCAAAAUCUUCCCCUAAAAUUGCAUGCCUCACCUCAGAGCUUUGUAUCUCUUCUAUAUGCAAUACUUAUCUGGGAUUGUCAGGCAAAGUUAGGAAAAAGACUUAUUGGCAACCACAGUUGAAUGUUCUUAAACAUUGUGUAAAAUUGAAAGGCUUCUUAAAUGUAAAACAAGAUAGAUUGUCUUACUGCUUAUAUCUGAUGGGUUUUUAUCUGUUCUUGAAUUGAUAUUAAGCAAGUUUUCAAUCAUAGCUUACUAUCUUCCACUAGCUCUUGUCUAGAUAUGAACCCCAUCUGGAUAAAUGUCAAAAUCUUUUGUGCUUCUCUAUUUAAACAUUCCACUUUUAAGAAAAACCUCCAGUGGACAUAUUACAUAUGAACCCAAAUUUUGAGUUGACACUUUCAAAAGAAUGACGGUGUUCUUGACAAUAUGCAUACAUUUUCUGAAAUUAAUGAAGGAAUGCUAUUUCAAGAAUACUCCUGUAGUGAACACUUCAUUGUAUAGGUUGUAGCACUUAAGUUUCUUAGCAGUAAUACUCCCUUUGCUGCUUUCUGUUCACAAGUAAUUAUAUUUGUCUGUAAUGUAACAAAUACUGAAACGCAAGUAUCAGAAAAUAGGUAAUUGCUUGAUAGAAGGUAUUUUCCUACUUUAUAUACUACUCUCUCUGCAAAAAUUGACAUGGAAAUCCUAGGGUAUUUGAAACCCUGACAAGAAUGGUGAUUUUUCCUCUAUGUGCAACAAAAGUAAUUAUGUCUAUACUUUUUUCAGAUCCCAACUGAAUUUUCAUUCUUGUGUUAAUCACAGCAUUGAGCAAUUUAGUGUUCAUUGCCUUUAUACACAGAGUAUGACUGAAACUCAUUGGUUAGGCUAUAUCCCUUUUUGAUUUAAUAGAUUUAAAUACUUACAUUAACCAGACUUUCCUGUACAUUAUCCAGACUUGUAUUUGUGAAUGUAUAGAACAUGUCAAUGUCUCAUUUUGGUUUGGUACUAGUAUUAACUAAACACAAUGGGUCCUGGUCCUAUAUGUUCAGCACUUGAGGAGCUAACUUUGUAAAAUUAAUGAUGAACAUAUAUUGGCUUUUAAGAAAGACUCCAAAAAUAUGUAUGCAGUGAAAUGGUAUUGUUACUUUCUGAACAUGACAUGAUAUUAUCUAAGAACAAAUAUCUUUUAGUAACCUUCAAUAAAACAAUCUAUUAUACAGACAUUCAUUCUGUAGAGUUCUGUAGGAUUCAUUGAAAUUUUAUCUCUCAUUUGUUGAAGUGAGUCUGGUAAUGUGUUAACUCUGACCAGAAGUUUUCUAUCCACUAUUGGAAAAAUAAAUGUGUAGAAUUACAAAUAUUCA